GGCCGCAGACCAGAACCGGAACCAGAAUCCGGAGCUUACGUCCCGUUAUUAUCCCGAAGUCUGUCCGCCUUGACGGUUUUAAAAAACGUUUUUAUUUCUGAUCACGGGGGAUAAAAACGCUUCUCGGUGACGUCAGCGGGGCUGUUUUUGGCUGCUGACGUCAGCGGGCUGCGCUAUUGCAGAGUCACUGCGACGGUCGGACUGUAAACAAGCCGCGGCAGAAGCGUCCAGAACCGGGCCUUUACCGACGCCACCGCCGCUUCUGAUAUUCGUGAGUGAUUUCGCUGAACCGAGCGUCCAUGAGUAGGCUCUGUUACCGGGUGGCUCGGCUCUUGUUUUCCGCGAAGGCGGUCGCUCGGAGCUAGCCUCUCGAGCUAACCCACUAGCCUCUGGAGCUAACCCACUAGCCUGUGGAGCUAACCCGCUAACCUCCAGAGCUAGCCCACUAGCCUCUGGAGGUAACCCGCUAUCAUCCCGAGCUAACCCGCUGUCAUCCGGAGCUACCCCACUAGCCUCUGGAGCUACCCCACUAGCCUCUGGAGCUACCCCACUAGCCUCUGGAGUUACCCCACUAGCCUCCGGAGCUAACCCCGCUAGCCUCCGGAGCUAACCCCGCUAGCCUCCGGAGCUAACCCCGCUAGCCUCCGGAGCUAACCCCGCUAGCCUCCGGAGCUAACCCCGCUAGCCUCCGGAGCUAACCCCGCUAGCCUCCGGAGCUAACCCCGCUAGCCUCCGGAGCUAACCCCGCUAGACUCCGGAGCGAACCCGCUAUCAUCCGGAGCUAACCCGCUAUCAUCCGGAGCUAACCCGCUCGCCUCUGGACCCAACCCACUAGCCUCCGGAGCGAACCCGCUAGCCUCGCUGGCUAGCCGACAGCCGAGGGCCUCGCAGCGGGGGAGCCACCCUGUCUGCCCCGGGGAUCCACCUCUCUCCACAGCGGCCAGGUUCUCCUGAACCCUGGGUGGCUGGUCAGAGCGUCCUCCUCCCACCAUGGAGGCAGGAGGGAAGGACAGCGAGGAGGAGACGCUGCAGACGGCCUUCAAGAAGCUCAGGGUCGACGCUGAGAGUCUUCCAGGAGCAGUGAGUGGUUCAGAGGCUCCCAGAGCAGCGACACGAGUCGGACUGGAAACCAGCGGAGCGAAGCCCAAACUGGGAUGUCCAAAAGACAGCUGGCACGGUUGUACGAGGAAAUCCUCCAGAGGUUCGUCCAGAUCUCAGCGCCGUCGGAGGUCCAAGUCUCCCAUCCUCCACCCCCCAAAGUUCACCUACUGCAGCGCUGCCGCCCUGCCGCCCCCUGGUGGCUGCCUGAAGCAGCAGCGCCUGGCCGAGCCUCGUCCUGACGCCUCCGCGGCCUCCCCGGCCUCGUCUCAGGCCUCCUCAGCCCAGAAGGAGCUCCCCUCCUCGGGUUCUCCAGGCCACAUCUCCCCUCUUGUUUUCGGGUCCCGCCCCACCGAUGACACGCUCACCGGGGGCGUGUCCUCUGAGACCACGCCCCCCAGACAGGAAGCAGGAAGUUCGCCUGGUGAGGAGGAGAAAAGUUCCGAGUCCGGAGCGGCUCGUAGACCCGCCGAGGCCGCCGACUUCCGGGCUUUAUCCGAGCUGCACGGCUGUUCCUGCUCCCCGGAGGAGGGGGCGGAGCCUCGCUGUCGCUGCCAAGCCAAUCAGAGGAGCUGGAACGGUGUGGAGGUGUACUCCUUCACAGGGCUCCGAGAUGUCAUCUCCGAGUGCGAGAGGAGUCUGCCGAGCCACGAGGACAGAACUCUGAGCGGAAACGUUGCCUCGCCGUCCUCCGGUUCUCCUCGGUCAUGCUCGGAGCAGGCCAGGGCGUACGUGGACGACAUCACGAUAGAAGACCUGUCCGGAUAUAUGGAGUUCUACCUCUACAUCCCCAAGAAGAUGUCCCACAUGGCAGAGAUGAUGUACACCUAGAGAUGAUUAUUAUUCUAUCAGAGGGAGAAGAAAGAAUUCCAUAUGAGCUGAUUUAAUCACCGUUAGUCGGACUACCACUCCUCCCCGUUUGUGCUCUGUGGGUCCGUUUGUUUGUUUUUCUUCAUUUUCAGUUUACAAACGAAGUUGCCAAAGCUCUGGGUGCCGGAGGAGGAACUAGUGCUUCUGUUUGUGGCAUCGUCACCGUCUGGAGUUCAUUCAAUAAAGAAUAAAGAAGUUUCUGUUGGAAAAGUUUAA